AAUUUUCCAAGUUUUUUCUUUGGUUGUUCAAGUAAAAUUCCAAUUAUACCCUCAAGAAAAUGUCGUCUCCUGGCCGAGAAGUGGAGGUGACCAUCUCAUCGGCGAAGGAUAUCAAGAACGUGAACUGGCGCAACGGCCCAAACAAGCCAUACGCCGUCGUAUGGGUCGAUCCGAAGUACAAAUCCUCCACAAGAGUUGACGAAGAUGGCGACACGUGUCCAACAUGGAACGAGACAUUUGUCAUCCCUUUGCCUCCGGCCAACGACGACGAUGACGACAAGGUAUACAUCAACAUCGUACACGCAGGAGGUGAAAAGAACACAAAGCCCCUCAUCGGCUCCGCCCAUCUCAGCCUCCGUGAUGUUAUUGAUGACGUCGGCUUCGACAUCCCCGCCGUGAAAACCCUCAAGCUCAAACGUCCCUCCGGCCGACCUCACGGCAAACUCGACGUCACCGUCACCGUUCGAGAGUCUCGGUAUCAUCCGGCUCCCGGAUCAUACCACGCGCCACCACAAACUGUUUAUGGUGAACCAUACGCGCCGUCUCAUUCGUACGUACAACCGGGGUAUGGUUACGCACCGGAGAAGGGGAGCAAGUUCGGUGGGAUGGGGACAGGACUGGCGGUGGGGGCUGUGGCCGGAGUUUUGGGUGGGGUGGCGUUAGCGGAGGGACUGGAGGCUGUGGAAGACAACAUCGCUGAAGAAGCAGCUGAGAAGGUGGAGGAUGAUCUGGAUGCCGGAGAAGACUAUUUUGAUGGCGGCGAUGAUGAUGACGACGACUAUGACGAAGACGACGACUGAGACUUUUAGUUUUCCCGCUAAAUCAUAAUAAAUGUGUUGAUUAAGUCUUGGAUGUAUGUGUUGCAACAGAAAAAGCCUAAUAAAUUCGAUUAAAAUAA